UUCAAAAGUUAGUUCUCCUCUAAAUACAAAUCUUUAAUUAUUAUGCAGAUCUCUGUAGUCUCUCCUUCCACUUCGUAGUUCCCACGUCGAAUAUUACACCUGCGGGUGUCCGGGAUGAUGUCUUGAUUGCUCUGUUCAUAAAUUUGACGUAAAUUGCCUUAUUUAGAACGGCAGGCACUUGCCCACAUAAAUAUCAGAUCCGCAAUUCGCCUCCCACGUAUUCUCACCCACAAUUCCACCUUCUCUGAUGGAUCUCCUCUCGCUGGCUCUCCACCUUUGGGGAGAUUUCCUCACUCAGUUGAUUUUUGGCGCCCGUGGGGAUCAGUCGAGGAGCGGAAAAUUGUUCGUCUGGCCUUUGGAAAAUGUGCCGUGCAAAGGCGUGGGUUUAUUUUUAGCCAACGUGCUGAUUUCCACACUCCCAGUGCCCGUAUCGAGAAUCGACAACUGCCCAACUAAUUGUACAUCAUCUUCCGCUGGAAACACUUCAGGAAACUCUCAGUUCUAGCCGGACAUCCCUGGAUGCGGUUAUAUAAUCCCAUAUAAGCCGUCCGAUCGCCAUGCCAAACAAAUUUCAAAGAAAAAUCUCUCCGAUGAGCGGGGGAGGAGUGCAAAGGGCCUCCAGCGUUUCCUCCUCUCCCAGCAACCAGCCGCGGAAGCGUGUGAAGCGCUGCUGCCGUAACUUCGUCACCUUUAUGUGCACCCAGGUGGGCGUGGGCGCCCUGAUCGUGAUCUACGCCAUAUGCGGAGCCUUCGCUUUCAUGAACAUAGAACGGCAGUUCAUCGACGGCACCGCCGACCAGGUGCUGGAGCUGCGCCAGAACUGCUCCCAGCAGCUGUGGAGCAUCACGGAGAAGCACAACUUGAUCGACCGUCGCAAGUGGUCGGAGGACACCAACGCCGUGCUCCGCGACUACCAGGCCCAGAUAGCGGGAGUGAUCAAGCAGGGCUAUGUGGGCCGGAGCCCUGAACAGAUUUGGAGCUUCCCGGCGGCACUAAUGUUCUGCUUGUCGGUUAUAACCAUGAUAGGCUACGGGAACAUGGUGCCACGGACGCCCUGGGGCAAGGGAUUCACUGUGAUCUACGCCAGCAUCGGCAUACCCCUGUACAUACUGUACUUCCUGAACAUGGGCAGGGUCCUGGCCCGCUCGUUCAAGUUCCUCUACCGGUCCAUGCACGACUGCACCCAGGAGCAUCCGCGUUUGGACCGCCUGGACGCUCUCGAAGGGGGUGUCAGCCUUCCUCGGAAGAAGAUCAUUGUGCCCUCCACCGCCUGCCUGUGGGUGAUAUUCUUCUAUGUCCUCACGGGCACUGUGAUGUUUGCCAACUGGGAGAAGUGGAGCUUCCUGAACAGCUUCUACUUUUGCAUGACGUCGCUCUGCAAGAUUGGCUUCGGAGACUUUGUGCCAGGGGCUUCGCUAACGACUGCUGCGGACGUUAACGCAGCCACUCACAAGCUCCAGGAGGAUAUAUCCGCCGACCCGGAUGAGCUGGCUCAGCUGCAGUCCGUGGCCGCCGACCAGCACUCGAAGCUGGCCAUCAACUUCGUGUAUAUGCUGCUCGGAAUGGGCCUGGUGGCCAUGUGCCGGAACCUCAUGCGGGAGGAGGUCCGGGUGAAGCUGCGAGAGAUGCGGGAGGACGCCAAGCUGUGCAUGGAGGACACGCGACUGCGUUUUGUGGGCUGCUGUGGGAGUCCCCGGGAUGGCUACGACAGCGACUACUACUAGGGUUUCGUAAAGACUUUAGCUCAUCAUUGAUCAAUUCCUGCAACUGCAAGAGCGGAUUCGAAACUUCGAGGGCAUGCUUGGCGGCGGCAGCGGGGAGC